ACGAGGUGCUCACUGCGCAUGUGCGCCCGCUAGGUCAGAUUCCCGGUUCCAGCCGGGCGGGGGGGUCGGGUGGGGGUGGGGGUAGGGGUUGCAAGGGCCUCAUUUUUUCUUACUGCCCCCAUCCGGUUCGGGGAGGUGGCGGGACCUUGGCGGCGCCCGGAGCCGGCGUGGCGCUCAUCGAGGGACGCCCGGCCCAAGUGGCUGGGGCCAAGCCGCAGAGCGGAGUUGGCAUUUCCAGAUUGGGGCUCGGGCCGCGCUUCCUCCGGGACCCUCCCCUUGGACCGAGCCGAUCGCCGCGAGGCAGUUCGGGCCGGCUGUCCUGGCGUGAAAAGGUGGACAAGUCCUAUUUUCAAGAGAAGAUGACUUUUAACAGUUUUGAAGGAUCUAAAACUUGUGUACCUGCAGACAUCAAUAAGGAAGAAGAAUUUGUAGAAGAGUUUAAUAGAUUAAAAACUUUUGCUAAUUUUCCAAGUGGUAGUCCUGUUUCAGCAUCAACACUGGCACGAGCAGGGUUUCUUUAUACUGGUGAAGGAGAUACCGUGCGGUGCUUUAGUUGUCAUGCAGCUGUAGAUAGAUGGCAAUAUGGAGACUCAGCAGUUGGAAGACACAGGAAAGUAUCCCCAAAUUGCAGAUUUAUCAACGGCUUUUAUCUUGAAAAUAGUGCCACGCAGUCUACAAAUUCUGGUAUCCAGAAUGGUCAGUACAAAGUUGAAAACUAUCUGGGAAGCAGAAAUCAUUUUGCCUUAGACAGGCCAUCUGAGACACAUGCAGACUAUCUUUUGAGAACUGGGCAGGUUGUAGAUAUAUCAGACACCAUAUACCCGAGGAACCCUGCCAUGUAUAGUGAAGAAGCUAGAUUAAAGUCCUUUCAGAACUGGCCAGACUAUGCUCACCUAACCCCAAGAGAGUUAGCAAGUGCUGGACUCUACUACACAGGUAUUGGUGACCAAGUGCAGUGCUUUUGUUGUGGUGGAAAACUGAAAAAUUGGGAACCUUGUGAUCGUGCCUGGUCAGAACACAGGCGACACUUUCCUAAUUGCUUCUUUGUUUUGGGCCGGAAUCUUAAUAUUCGAAGUGAAUCUGAUGCUGUGAGUUCUGAUAGGAAUUUCCCAAAUUCAACAAAUCUUCCAAGAAAUCCAUCCAUGGCAGAUUAUGAAGCACGGAUCUUUACUUUUGGGACAUGGAUAUACUCAGUUAACAAGGAGCAGCUUGCAAGAGCUGGAUUUUAUGCUUUAGGUGAAGGUGAUAAAGUAAAGUGCUUUCACUGUGGAGGAGGGCUAACUGAUUGGAAGCCCAGUGAAGACCCUUGGGAACAACAUGCUAAAUGGUAUCCAGGGUGUAAAUAUCUGUUAGAACAGAAGGGACAAGAAUAUAUAAACAAUAUUCAUUUAACUCAUUCACUUGAGGAGUGUCUGGUAAGAACUACUGAGAAAACACCAUCACUAACUAGAAGAAUUGAUGAUACCAUCUUCCAAAAUCCUAUGGUACAAGAAGCUAUACGAAUGGGGUUCAGUUUCAAGGACAUUAAGAAAAUAAUGGAGGAAAAAAUUCAGAUAUCUGGGAGCAACUAUAAAUCACUUGAGGUUCUGGUUGCAGAUCUAGUGAAUGCUCAGAAAGACAGUAUGCAAGAUGAGUCAAGUCAGACUUCAUUACAGAAAGAGAUUAGUACUGAAGAGCAGCUAAGGCGCCUGCAAGAGGAGAAGCUUUGCAAAAUCUGUAUGGAUAGAAAUAUUGCUAUCGUUUUUGUUCCUUGUGGACAUCUGGUCACUUGUAAACAAUGUGCUGAAGCAGUUGACAAGUGUCCCAUGUGCUACACAGUCAUUACUUUCAAGCAAAAAAUUUUUAUGUCUUAAUCUAACUCUAUAGUAGGCAUGUUAUGUUGUUCUUAUUACCCUGAUUGUGUGAUGUGAACUGACUUUAAGUAAUCAGGAUUGAAUUCCAUUAGCAUUUGCUACCAAGUAGGAAAAAAAAUGUACAUGGCAGUGUUUUAGUUGGCAAUAUAAUCUUUGAAUUUCUGGAUUUUUCACGGUAUUAGCUGUAUUAUCCAUUUUUUUUACUGUUAUUUAAUUGAAACCAUAGACUAGGAAGCAUCAUAUUAUAACUGAACACAAUGUGUAUUCAUAGUAUACUGAUUUAAUUUCUAAGUGUAAGUGAAUUAAUCAUCUGGAUUUUUUAUUCUUUUCAGAUAGGCUUAACAAAUGGAGCUUUCUGUAUAUAAAUGUGGAGAUUAGAGUUAAUCUCCCCAAUCACAUAAUUUGUUUUGUGUGAAAAAGGAAUAAAUUGUUCCACGCUGGUGGAAAGAUAGAGAUUGUUUUUAGAGGUUGGUUGUUGUGUUUUAGGAUUCUGUCCAUUUUCUUUUAAAGUUAUAAACACGUACUUGUGCGAAUUAUUUUUUUAAAGUGAUUUGCCAUUUCUGAAAGCAUAUUUAAUGAUAGAAUACUAUCAAGCCAACAUGUACUGACAUGGAAAGAUGUCAAAGAUAUGUUAAGUGUAAAAUGCAAGUGGCAAAACACUAUGUAUAGUCUGAGCCAAAUCAAAGUAUGUAUGUUUUUAAUAUGCAUAGAACAAAAGAUUUGGAAAGAUAUACACCAAACUGUUAAAUGUGAUUUCUCUUCGGGGAGGGGGGGAUUGGGGGAGGGGCCCCAGAGGGGUUUUAUAGGGGCCUUUUCACUUUCUACUUUUUUCAUUUUGUUCUGUUCGAAUUUUUUAUAAGUAUGUAUUACUUUUGUAAUCAGAAUUUUUAGAAAGUAUUUUACUGAUUUAAAGGCUUAGGCAUGUUCAAACGCCUGCAAAACUACUUAUCACUCAGCUUUAUUUUUCUAAUCCAAGAAGGCAGGGCAGUUAACCUUUUUGGUGCCAAUGUGAAAUGUAAAUGAUUUUAUGUUUUUCCUGCUUUGUGGAUGAAAAAUAUUUCUGAGUGGUAGUUUUUUGACAGGUAGACCAUGUCUUAUCUUGUUUCAAAAUAAGUAUUUCUGAUUUUGUAAAAUGAAAUAUAAAAUAUGUCUCAGAUCUUCCAAUUAAUUAGUAAGGAUUCAUCCUUAAUCCUUGCUAGUUUAAGCCUGCCUAAGUCACUUUACUAAAAGAUCUUUGUUAACUCAGUAUUUUAAACAUCUGUCAGCUUAUGUAGGUAAAAGUAGAAGCAUGUUUGUACACUGCUUGUAGUUAUAGUGACAGCUUUCCAUGUUGAGAUUCUCAUAUCAUCUUGUAUCUUAAAGUUUCAUGUGAGUUUUUACCGUUAGGAUGAUUAAGAUGUAUAUAGGACAAAAUGUUAAGUCUUUCCUCUACCUACAUUUGUUUUCUUGACUAGUAAUAGUAGUAGAUACUUCUGAAAUAAAUGUUCUCUCAAGAUCCUUAAAACCUCUUGGAAAUUAUAAAAAUAUUGGCAAGAAAAGAAGAAUAGUUGUUUAAAUAUUUUUUGAAAAACACUUGAAUAAGAAUCAGUAGGAUAUAAACUAGAAGUUUAAAAAUGCUUCAUAGAACGUCCAGGGUUUACAUUACAAGAUUCUCACAACAAACCUAUCGUAGAGGUGAGUAAGGCAUGUUACUACAGAGGAAAGUUUGAGAGUAAAACUGUAAAAAAUUAUAUUUUUGUUGUACUUUCUAAGAGAAAGAGUAUUGUUAUGUUCUCCUAACUUCUGUUGAUUACUACUUUAAGUGAUAUUCAUUUAAAACAUUGCAAAUUUAUUUUAUUUAUUUAAUUUUCUUUUUGAGAUGGAGUCUUGCUUGUCACCCAGGCUGGAGUGCAGUGGAGUGAUCUCUGCUCACUGCAACCUCCGCCUUCUGGGUUCAAGCGAUUCUCGUGCCUCAACUUCCUGAGUAGCUGGAAUUACAGGCAGGUGCCACCAUGCCCGACUAAUUUUUUUUAUUUUUAGUAGAGACGGGGUUUCACCAUGUUGGCCGGGCUGGUAUCAAACUCCUGACCUCAAGAGAUCCACUCGCCUUGCCCUCCCAAAGUGCUGGGAUUACAGGCUUGAGCCACCACGCCCGGCUAAAACAUUGCAAAUUUAAAUGAGAGUUUUAAAAAUUAAAUAAUGACUGCCCUGUUUCUGUUUUAGUAUGUAAAUCCUCAAUUCUUCACCUUUGCACUGUCUGCCACUUAGUUUGGUUAUAUAGUCAUUAACUUGAAUUUGGUCUGUAUAGUCUAGACUUUAAAGUUUUCUACAAGGGGAGAAAAGUGUUAAAAUUUUUAAAAUAUGUUUUCCAGGACACUUCACUUCCAAGUCAGGUAGGUAGUUCAAUCUAGUUGUUAGCCAAGGACUCAAGGACUGAAUUGUUUUAACAUAAGGCUUUUCCUGUUCUGGGAGCUGCACUUCAUUAAAAUUCUUCUAAAACUUGUAUGUUUAGAGUUAAGCAAGACUUUUUUUCUUCCUCUCCAUGAGUUGUGAAAUUUAAUGCACAACGCUGAUGUGGCUAACAAGUUUAUUUUAAGAAUUGUUUAGAAAUGCUGUUGCUUCAGGUUCUUAAAAUCACUCAGCACUCCAACUUCUAAUCAAAUUUUUGGAGACUUACCAGCAUUUGUCUGUGUUUGAACUAUAAAAAGCACUGGAUCUUUUCCAUCUAAUUCCGCAAAAAUUGAUCAUUUGCAAAGUCAAAACUAUAGCCAUAUCCAAAUCUUUUCCCCCUCCCAAGAGUUCUCAGUGUCUACAUGUAGACUAUUCCUUUUCUGUAUAAAGUUCACUCUAGGAUUUCAAGUCACCACUUAUUUUACAUUUUAGUCAUGCAAAGAUUCAAGUAGUUUUGCAAUAAGUACUUAUCUUUAUUUGUAAUAAUUUAGUCUGCUGAUCAAAAGCAUUGUCUUAAUUUUUGAGAACUGGUUUUAGCAUUUACAAACUAAAUUCCAGUUAAUUAAUUAAUGGCUUUAUAUUGCCUUUCCUGCUACAUUUGGUUUUUUCCCCUGUCCCUUUGAUUACGGGCUAAGGUAGGGUAGAGUGGGUGUAGUGAGUGUAUAUAAUGUGAUUUGGCCCUGUGUAUUAUGACAUUUUGUUAUUUUUGUUGUUAUAUUAUUUACAUUUCAGUAGUUGUUUUUUGUGUUUCCAUUUUAGUGGAUAAAAUUUGUAUUUUGAACUAUGAAUGGAGACUACCGCCCCAGCAUUAGUUUCACAUGAUAUACCCUUUAAACCCGAAUCAUUGUUUUAUUUCCUGAUUACACAGGUGUUGAAUGGGGAAAGGGGCUAGUAUAUCAGUAGGAUAUACUAUGGGAUGUAUAUAUAUCAUUGCCGUUAGAGAAAUGAAAUAAAAUGGGGCUGGGCGCAGUGGCUCACGCCUGUAAUCCCAGCACUUUGGGAGGCUGAGGCAGGUGGAUCACGAGGUCAGGAGAUUGAGACCAUCCUGGCUAAUACGGUGAAACCCCAUCUCUACUAAAAAACAGAAAAUUAGCCGGGCGUGGUGGCGGGCGCCUGUAGUCCCAGCUACUCGGGAGGCUGAGGCAGGAGAAUGGUGUGAACCCGGGAGGCAGAGCUUGCAGUGAGCCGAGAUCGCGCCACUGCACUCCAGCCUGGGCAACAGAGCAAGACUGUCUCAAAAAAAAAAAAAAAAAAAAAGAGAAAUAAGAAAAUGGGAAGCAAUAUUUGACAUAGUUCUUUUUAGUCAAAUCUACUUGUUAAAAAAAGGGUAGCAGUUUAUUCAUCUGUGAAAGGAAAAUAAUACUUAUCUUACAAGGUUGCAAGAGCUCAAGGAGACCAUGUAUGUAAAGUUCCUGCUGUAAAUAUGAACUCCCAUCCUAACACCCUUUUACCUCUCUGUGGGUUUGUCUUGACCUGGAUAUUUGGGCUAAAACUUAGAAAAAAUUCUUACAUGAUAACUCUUUCAGUGAUGCUUACUCAUAGUUUUUGGUGUUUCUCAUAGGUAAGAUAUAAAUCGGCUGGGCGCGGUGGCUCAUGCCUGUAAUCCCAGCACUUUGGGAGGCCGAGGCGGGCGGAUCACCUGAGGUCGGGAGGUCGAGACCAGCCUGACCAACAUGGAGAAACCCCGUCUCUACUAAAAAUACAAAAUUAGCUGGGCGUGGUGGCUCAUGCCUGUAAUCCCAGCUACUCGGGAGGCUGAGGCAGGAGAAUCGCUUGAACCCAGGAGGCGGAGGUUGUGGUGAGCCAAGAUCGUGCCAUUGCACUCCAGCCUGGGCAACAAGAGCAAAACUGUCUCAAAAAAAAAAAAAAAAGAUAUAAAUCACAAUAAAUAAAUAGGUCAAUACAAAUGUUAGCCAGGCGUGGUGGCACGUGCCCAUAGUCUCAGCUACUCUGGAGGCAGAGGCAGGAGGAUCACUUGAGUCCAUGAGUUUGAGGCAGCAGUGAGCUAUGAUUGUGCCACUGUACUCCAGUCUGGGUGACAGAGUGAGACCCCAUCUCUAAAUAAAUAGGUCAAACCCUUAAAAAUAUUUAAAUUCUUCUUAAAAAAUUGAAAAGAUUAUUCUUCUCAAAUUUAGUUGAGCUUUCUAAGAGAAACAGUUGGCUUUUUCCCACUUUAAUAAUCAUUUUCAGUUUGACUCAUACAGUUAACACAAUGUGAAUUUCUUCCUCAGCAUAACAGAGUUAUAGAAUGACAGGGCUGAAAGUGACCUUAGAGAGUAUCCAGUUCUUUCAUUUUACAGGUGAGGCAACUGAGACUCAAAGGUGAUGUAAUUUGUGCAAAGAUUAUAGCUAAUUAGUAGCAGAGCCCUGACUGGGACAUAGUUCGAAGGUGAAAAACUUCACCAAGCUACCUUUCUUGAAAGGUCCAAAUGUUUAUUUUUUCAACUAUUCUUUCCACUGUACCAUAACUUUCACUACAUAUUAAAUGACACUUUAUAACUAAUAUAAUAGGACAAUCAUCAAUGCAUAUAUAGCCAGCCCUUCAUAUCUGUGGGUUUUGCAUCCAUGGAUUCAACCAAGGAGGAAUUGAAAACACUGAGGAAAAAAAAAAAAAAAAGACCACACAAUAAAAAAAAAAAAAAUACAAAAUAAUACAAGGAAAAAGCCAAAAUUGUCAUACUGUUGUUAAGCAACAGUAUAACAACUAUUUACAUAGCAUUAAGGUCGGUGCAAAAAUGCAAAAAAAAAAUGCAAUUAUUUUUAAACCAACCUAAUAUAUUGUAUUAGGUAUUAAAGUCAUCUGGACAUGAUUUAAAGUAUAUGAUGCCAGCCUGGACAAAAGGCAAAACCCUGUCUCUACAAAAAAUACAAAAAUUAGCUGGGCGUGGUGGUGUGUGCCUGUAGUCCUGGCUACUCCGGAGCCUGAGGUGGGAGGAUCGCUUGAGUCUGGGAGGCAGAGGCUGCAUUGAGCUAUGAUCGUGGCACUGCAUUCCAGCCUGGGUGACAGUGCAAGACCUUGUCUCAGAAUAAAUAAGGUAUGUGAUGAAGAUGUGCAUACAUUAUAUGCAAAUACUAUUUUUUUUUUUAAUUUAAACAGUCUCACUGUGUUGCCCAGGAUGGAGUGCAAUGGCACAAUCUUGGUUCAUGGCAAACUGCCUCGCAAGCAGCUGGGACUACAGGCAUGCUCCACGGUGCCCAGUUAAUUUUUUUUGUAUUAGUAGAGACAGGGUUUCACCAUGUUGGCCAGGCUAGUCUUGAAUUUCUGACCUCAAGUGAUUCACCUCCCAAAGUGCUGGGAUUACAGGCGUGAGCCACCACGGCCGGCUAAUUUUUCUAUUUUUUAGUAGUGACUGGUUUCGCGGUGUUGGCCAGGCUGGUCUCGAACUCCUGAUCUCAGGUGAUCUGCCUGCCUUGGCCUCACAAGGUGCUGGGAUUACAGGCGUGAACCACUGCGCCCGGCCUUGUGUGAUUUUAUCUAAGGGACUUAAGCGUCCUCAGGUCCUAGGGGGUCGUGAAACCAAAACCCCAGGGAUAGCAAGGGACAAUUGUAUCUUCAAAGUAGACAAAUGGCGCCGGGCACGGUGGCUCACGCCUGUAAUCCCAGCAGUUUCGGAGGCUGAGGCAGGCGGCUCACCUGAGGUCAGGAGUUGGAGACCAGCCUGGCCAACAUGCUGAAACCCUGUCUGUACAAAAAUACAAAAAUAGCUGGGCAUGGUGGCGCAUGCCUGUAGUCCCAGCUACUAGAGCGACUGAGGCAGGAGAAUUGCUUGAACCUGGGAGGCGGAGGUUGCAGGGAGCCAAGAUGGCGCCACCGCACUCCAGCCUAGGUGAUAGAGUGAGACUCCCUCUCAAAAACAAAACAAAAAAAUUAGACAAAUGCUACAUUAAUGUUUGGGUGGUCAGAUUCUACUUUGAAUCUGAAGUUUGCAGAUAUGCCUAUAGAUUUUUGGAGUUUACCACUUUCUUAUUCUGUAUCAUUAAUGUAAUAUUUUAAAUUACUAUAUAUGUUACCAUUUUUCUGGAUUUAGUAAGAAAUUUGCAGUUUUGGUUUGAUGUAACAAGGGUUUUAAUGUAAUUUAUGUUAGAUUUUGCAUUUUUUUCAUUACUGUUAUAUUUUAACCUGACUGACUGAUCUAAUUGUAUUAGUAUUGUGAAUAAUCAUGUGAAAUGUUUUGAGACAGAGUACUAUAUUUGUGAAUAUAAUUUUAUGGUUUUUUUCACUUAGUAAGAACCUUUCUGUGUGGAAAACUUAAGAAAAUUGCUUUCUGCUGUAUAAUCUGGCAUUCAUUGUAGAUUAAAGCUUAUUUUUCUGUGAAUAAAACGUAUUCAAUAAAAUACUAUUCUUUAAAAUUA